UGUGUCACCAUGGGGAGCACCCGUUCUCUUUGUAAAGAAGAAGGACGGAUCUAUGGGAAUGUGUAUCGACUACCGGGAUCUCAACCGGUUGACGAUUAAGAAUAAGUACCCGCUUCCCAGGAUCGACGACUUAUUCGACCAGUUGAGGGGAGCAUGUGUAUUUUCGAAGAUCGAUUUACGGUCAGGCUACCACCAGCUGAAGAUUAAGGAGUCAGACAUCGCUAAGACCGCUUUCAGGACUCGUUACGGCCAUUACGAGUUUGUAGUCAUGCCUUUCGGUCUCAGCAAUGCGCCAGCAGUGUUCAUGGAUCUCAUGAACCGUAUCUUUCAUCCAUACCUCGAUCAGUUCGUGAUUGUCUUUAUUGACGACAUUCUCAUCUACUCGAAGAGUCAGAAGGAGCAUGAGGAGCAUCUGAUGGUGGUUCUCGAAACCCUCAGACAAGAGAGGUUGUACGCCAAAUUCUCCAAGUGCGAGUUCUGCCUUCAGCGAAUAUCUUUUCUGGGUCACGUUAUUACCCAGGCAGGCAUCGAGGUGGACCCAUCUAAAGUUUCAGCCGUGCAGAACUGGUCGACACCGAGGAAUCCGUCCGAGACAAUGAAUGGCACUGGUCGCCCCAUUCCUGUGCUCGAGGGCGACAACCGACGCCUCGAGGAAGAAAAUAGAAGGUUGAAGGUAGAGAAUGAAGACCUGCUGAAGACGCACCACGCGCUCGCUGAGCAACUAAAGAAAGAUGAGCAGCGGUACAAAGACGCNCUGAAGGGCAAGGAUAAGGCCCUCGAGGCGGAGCGAGCUAGUCGAAAGAAGGAAGUGGAGGCUGCUGCCGUCACUGCGAUAGAGCAGUAUUGUCGGGCCUUGUGGAGGAUUCAGCUGGGUCAGGCAUUCCUCCAAGCCUAUCGGGAGCAGCUGAUCCAAUAUUAUCUUUGCUCGACUGCAUUCCUCAAGGAGGCCGCCGAGAUGGGGAUGGACUUCUAUACUUACAGUAUGGAAGAGGUCGAGCGCCAACUGAAAGAAAUGGGGUUUACAGGCGAGCUCGACCAGGACAAGACAUGGGAGGCGAUUCCCUCUGCACCCUCUAACUUCAUCGGCGAUCCUAGCUUACCCGCUGAGCAUCCAUGGUGGACCGAGUCUUUAGAGCGGAGCUUGGCAAGGGAUCCCUCCUUGAAGAGUUCCUUCGAUGUGCCCAAGCCUGGCGAGGCGCCCAUAGUUCAUCUUUCUGUGACCAUCCUUCCUCCUCAUCCCUUGACCACUAAUGCUCCCUCGUCCACCUCUAGUCCAUCUACCUCAGUCAUUGCCCAGACUGCUAUUGCCUCUCUUUUUUCGACCGUGGCCACACAAUCGACCACCACUGUUGUUGCUUCAGCUACAAUUACGGCCCCACAGUCAUCCGCCGCGACCCAAUUGGGCUUUGCCACGAUUUCGUCGUUAGUUUCCGGCACACAGUUGGCUGCUUCCGCCGCGUCCUCGACCGCGGCUGCUCAGUCGACUACAGCG